UCCCUCUCCCUUCCUCUCUGAAAUCAAUAAAAAUAUAUUUAAAAAAAAAGACUUGCACAUAGUAGGUGUUCAAUCAAUAGAUAUUGAUUUAAUUUGUUGUAUUGAAAUUAGUCAUUUUAGGUAAGCUUCAAUAAAACAUUUAUUUAAAUAAACCUGGUCAGCGGUCAUUCUUUCUAAAAUAUAAUUUCUCAGGAUUUAGUCCUUGUAGCAGAGGGGGCUAACCAUCCUUCUAUCAAAAAAAAUUUGUACUCUCCUUCCAUGAUGUACACUUUUGGGGAAGAGGGAUUGGCCAAAAGGAACCUCCCCACUUCCUGCAUCUCUAUAAGGCCAUAGGCCUAAGUUUUGGUCAAUAGAAGGUGGACUAAAGUGCUGCGUGCUGUGUGCACGCAGACAGGGCUCAUGAAAGCUGCCCAUCCAAUUUUCCUGGCUCUUUCUCCUUCCUCACCUGGCCACUGGUAGAGCCUCCAUCAGCCUGGGACCCCCAGCAAUGAUUAAUUUUAUGUGAAUGAGAAAUAAACUCUCAUUGGAUUAAGCUGCUGAAAUUUGGGGUUACCUGUAGUAACAGAUUUAGUGUUACCUUAAUGAAUGCAUCAGCAAACAAGCCACUAACUCCUAGGAAAUAUUGAAAAAUGUUUUAUAAUUGAAAGAGGAUCUGAUGCAAUAAAUGUAUGCCCUUACCAUUAUAAAAAUUAAGCAUUUCCAACCAGCUCCCUUUUGUACAAACUGACAUUUACAUCCAUAUCCUGACAGAUAAGGAAAAAUAGAAACAGAAAAAAUGGGUAGCAUUUAUCUUCUGACUGCAUUCAAAAGAUGACAAAAUAAUUGAUGAGAAAAUGAAGAUUAUUCAGCCAACAUGUCCAGGUACAAAAAGUCAAACUAAUUUUUUUCAAUAUGGUUUUUUCAGUGGUGACAAAGCUGUCAUUAAAUUUAAUCAAUUUAGUUACUUGAUUAAUAAUCUCUGAGAUGCCUGGUCAUAUCCAUCAAUUAGGUGCAAAAGGGCAAGGUGAAAGGGCCCUUUGCAGUUAGCUGCCAGGAUGUGCCUGACAUGCCUGCUGUUAUCAGAGAAUAAAGACCAUGUGGAUGGUCUUUCUCCAUUGCUAGUGGGAUUUGAAGUAUUUACAAUAUCUUGAGAGACUUUUCUGAGACUCACAUGGGAGGAUGAGUGAUUUUUAUCUACAUGGAAUUACAUCCCUGGGUUUCCAAAGUCCCAUUUCCUUUAAUCCAGACCUGGAAAAUGUGUAGCUGGGGAUUCAGCAGAGCUAAAAGCAAAGCCAGCAUCCAAAGUUUCCUUUCUGUGAUGGAGUUGGGUCCAGUAUAGCAUUAGCUAGUUGCAGUCCAUCAGUCCAUUGUGUGGGGUCCACAUGGCUUACAGCAAAUACAGGGGAGCCAGGAGGGCACAGCCUUUGCAACAAGAGUCCCACGAACACAAGUGAGCAAGAGAGUGGACCUCUUCGUUUGGGAGAUUAAAUAUCUUAAAUUUCCCUGUGUUGGCAGUGGCCAUGACUACUCUGGCCAAUGACCUGUUCUCAGGUGUGACUGACAGACAAAUAUCUUCCCGAUUUCACCCACUUUACUGUAGCUUCCUGGCAAAGAUGCACAAAUGGCAUGCCCAUAAUAUUCGGCCUUCCCUUUGCUUCUUUCCAGUGAUUAAAAUAACUCGGUUUAUUAAAAUUUUGGCUAUUCUAUAAGCAUUACUUCCUAUAGAAAUAGUUAACCACAGUGGAAAAUGUUAGCAGUUUUUGGAAUUAAAUAUUAUGUGUGUUUAUUAAUAAAGUAUUCUACUGCAAAGCAUAAUUUUGUUAAGCAGAAAGUUUAAGGAAGUUAAGCCAUUCUUUGGUAUAUCUGUAGGCUUUUAAAAAGAGUUCCUGGGAUUUUUAUUUAACUCUUGUGUUGGUGUUUGACAUUUUAUGAUCUCUGUCUAGAUUUUAAAUUCCUUAGAGGGAAGGUCUUUGUAUAUUCCCCUGUAAGCAGCUAGUAUGAUGUGCUAUACAGCUCAUGGGUGCACUCUUUAAUUUAAUCCUAUUUAAGCUGGUAGUUUUGGGGCAGGUCACUAUCACUUACUAGCUGUGAGACCUUGAGCAAGUUAAUUAAUUUCUCUGUGCUUCAGUUUCUCACAAGUAAAAGUUGUAUUUCCGUUCAAGAGAAUGUGUAAUACAAAGAUUGUGGCUUUAUUGAAAUACUUAAAAGAUCUUGAGUAAGGUUGAAAUCAGCAUUUAAAUAUUUAAGGAAAGUUGGUUCAUGAAACGGGUAGUUUGACUUAUGAGUUGCAUAAUAGUGUUUAAAUAUUUGGGAAAAUGUGCUUAAUCAAUGUAAAAGCUUAAUAAAUUGAACAUUAAACAAAGCUAAGUAGUGGUAAGUGUACUUUCCAGGCCAGAAGUCCCUGAGACAUUAAAGAUCCUAGCAACAGACAAGACAAAUUUUAUCCAGUACAUUUAACAGGUUGUACCUUAGAGCAAAAAUGUAUGAGGUCUGGCUAUUACUAUUGAAAACAAAAUCCAGCUAAUACGCUUAGCAGGAAAACCCAGUUAGCAGCUGCAUGGGUUGCUUUUUGUGCUUAUGUCUCUUGAUAAGGAUUAUUUACGUUGUGGCUUGAUGAGGCUUGGGUCACAGACGAAUGUUUUGCCACAUUCACCUCUCUAGUAAUAGGCCCAAGAUUAGUUCCUUUAAAACACUUCCUAGAUCCAGCUUUCUCAAGUGAGGGCAACUGAGAGGUGAGGGUUUUCGAGAAAAAAGUAGGCCAUGCAACCUGGAUAAUCAAAGAAUUUUUAGGAAGAGGAAAAAUUAAUAUUCCAUUUUAUCUUGGGUUGAUGUUAAACCCUUCCACCUCCCCCAGUGUUCAUUAAAGUUGCUAUAUAAACAGACACACCCAAGGUUGUUCUCACUUAAUAUCACUGUCUUGAAAGAAUGAUUCAAGUUGUCAAUUUAUGCUAAUGGAUAUGUUCAUGGAUAUGUUGAUGAUGCUUCCAAGCUGCAUGAUGAUUCCACUAAAUGCAGAAUCAGCAUGUGCAGCUGUAUUUCUGAAAUGGUUACUUCAACGUGCCGCUUGCCUGGCUGAUCUAAGAUGCUCUGAAGAUUCUCCGAGGACUUACACGCUAAUGAUGCUUAGGGAUUUGUGUCCUGAAGAACUCUGUAAUCCUGUGCUUCCUGAAUCCCACUCUAAGCCAGGACCUUCUGUCACACCCCAAGAGUUACAGGCAGUUGGAAAGCUCUGCUAAGCAACCAUUCUGCUUGGCCUUUGGGGUUCAGUGAGGUGCCACUUAGGAUCUAUGCAGGAGCCUUGAUCAGGAUGUAGUUCCUUCUUGGCCCUCGGCCCCAGGUGGUGCUCUGAGGGUCUUCCUUCCUGAACAGCAGCAGUAAAGCCAGCUUGCCAUGGGCGAGGUCAGCCAAGAGGCUGUGGAGAGCUACCUGGAGGACCACCCUGGGUUUGCCGAGGAGUACUUCCACAAGAAGCUGCGGACAGGGGCGCUGGGAGAAGCCUCCGAGCACAGCGAGGUGCAGGGCCAGGCCUGCGGGUCCUCCCCCGGGCUGUCCACAGAGGAGGAGGCAGCCCUGUGCUUGGAGCUGUUCCAGGCCAUGCAGGAGGAAGCAGGCAGCGCCGAACCUGCGGUGCACUUGGUCCUGCAGAGGCUGGCGCGGCUGCUGCGGGCGGACCGCUGCAGCCUGUUCCUGUGCCGGGCCCGCAACGGCUCGCCCGAGGUGGCCUCCAGGCUGCUGGACGUCACCCCCACAUCCAAGUUUGAGGACAACCUGGUGGUCCCUGACAGAGAAGUGGUGUUUCCAUUGGAUAUCGGGAUAGUGGGUUGGGUUGCUCACUCAAAGAAAGCCCUUAACGUCCCAGAUGUAACAAAGAACAGCCAUUUUUCUGACUUCAUGGACAAACAAACCGGGUAUGUCACUCGGAACCUGCUGGCAACCCCGAUCGUGAUGGGCAAGGAGGUUCUGGCUGUGGUUAUGGCAGUUAACAAAGUAAAUGCAUCUGAAUUCUCCAAGCAGGAUGAAGAGGUCUUUUCCAAAUACCUCACCUUUGUUUCCAUCAUCCUAAAGCUUCAUCAUACCCACUACUUGUACAGUGUUGAAUCUCGAAGAAGCCAGAUCCUUAUGUGGUCAGCCAAUAAAGUAUUUGAAGAGCUCACAGACGUUGAGCGACAGUUUCACAAAGUGCUCUACACAGUUCGAACAUACCUGAACUGUGAGCGGUACUCCAUUGGACUGCUGGACAUGACCAAGGAGAAGGAAUUCUAUGAUGAAUGGCCAGUCAAGCUUGGAGAAGUCGAACCUUAUAAAGGUCCAAAGACACCAGAUGGCAGAGAAAUCAUCUUUUAUAAAAUCAUUGACUACAUUUUGCAUGGGAAGGAAGAGAUCAAAGUGAUUCCGACACCUCCCGCAGACCACUGGACUCUCGUUAGUGGAUUACCAGCAUAUGUUGCUGAAAAUGGAUUUAUAUGUAAUAUGCUGAAUGCCCCCGCAGAUGAAUACUUCACAUUUCAGAAAGGACCUGUAGAUGACACUGGCUGGGUCAUUAAAAAUGUCUUGUCCCUGCCUAUUGUCAACAAGAAAGAAGACAUUGUGGGAGUAGCUACAUUUUACAACAGGAAAGAUGGAAAACCUUUUGAUGAAUAUGAUGAACACAUUACUGAGACUCUCACACAAUUUCUUGGAUGGUCUCUUUUAAAUACUGAUACAUAUGAGAAAAUGAAUAAGCUAGAAAACAGAAAGGAGAUAGCUCAGGAAAUGCUCAUGAACCAGACCAAAGCCACUCCUGAUGAAAUCGAGUCUAUUUUGAAAUUUAAAGAGAAGUUAAGUAUAGAUGUAAUUGAAGAUUGUGAAGAAAAACAACUUGUCACAAUUUUGGAAGAGGACUUGCCAGACCCGAAGGCAGUAGACCUGUGUGAAUUCCACUUCAGUGACUUCCCCAUUACAGAGCACGGGCUGAUUAAGUGUGGACUACGACUAUUUUUUGAAAUAAAUGUGGUGGAGAAAUUCAAAGUACCCGUAGAGGUUCUUACCAGAUGGAUGUACACCGUGAGAAAAGGGUACCGUUCCGUCACUUACCACAACUGGCGGCACGGAUUCAAUGUGGGGCAGACCAUGUUCACUUUGCUGAUGACAGGAAGGCUAAAGAAAUACUAUACAGACCUCGAAGCUUUUGCCAUGCUCGCUGCUGCUUUCUGCCAUGACAUUGACCACAGAGGCACCAAUAAUCUGUAUCAGAUGAAAUCCACGUCUCCAUUGGCAAAGCUUCAUGGAUCUUCUAUUUUGGAGAGGCACCAUCUGGAGUACAGCAAGACUCUCCUGCAGGAUGAGAGUUUAAACAUCUUCCAGAACCUAAAUAAACGCCAGUUUGAAACAGUUAUUCAUUUGUUUGAAGUUGCAAUAAUAGCAACUGACCUGGCUUUAUACUUCAAGAAGAGAACCAUGUUUCAAAAAAUUGUUGAUGCCUGUGAAAAAAUGGAAACUGAAGAAGAGGCCAUCAAAUACAUAACCAUUGAUCCAACCAAAAAAGAGAUCAUCAUGGCAAUGAUGAUGACUGCAUGUGACUUGUCAGCUAUAACCAAGCCCUGGGAGGUUCAAAGUCAGGUAGCACUUCUAGUUGCAAGUGAAUUUUGGGAACAAGGAGAUCUGGAGAGAACAGUGCUGCAGCAACAACCUAUUCCUAUGAUGGACAGAAACAAAAAAGAUGAACUGCCUAAACUUCAAGUUGGAUUUAUUGAUUUUGUUUGUACUUUUGUAUAUAAGGAGUUCUCCCGGUUUCACCAAGAAGUCACCCCCAUGCUGAAUGGCCUUCAGAAUAACAGAAUGGAGUGGAAAUCUCUGGCUGAUGAAUAUGAUGCAAAGGUGAAGGUAAUGGAAGAGGAGGUGAAAAAGCAGGAAGAAGGAAACAUGACUGAAAAAGCUACAGAAGAUUCAGGAGAUGGUGUUGAUGACAAAAAGUCCAAAACAUGCCUAAUGUUGUAGUAUGAUCCCUUGUUCUACAUUUCAAAUAUUGUUUCUACUCUUGAAGAAAAAGAGAAAACAUUCAAAAGAACUUCAGCAAAUUUCAUUCAGCAACCAUCAAGUAACACAGUAGGAGGGGCUUCAGAAAAGCUCCUCUUGUGACUAUCAGGGGAAAACACACUGAGGAUAAAAUAAAGUUCUACAAAAGUGCAAAAUAAGAUGAGAAUGAGUGCUUUUUAAAAGUUAUUAAUUGUACGCAUCUGCUAGGGCUACCAUA